CCUUCAGCCGCGCAGCCGGGGAGGGGUUUCCCGGGACAAGCCGGCCCCUUUCAUCCAGGAAGUGAAAGCGACGUCGGGGUCAAUGAAAACAAACGGGGAACCCGGGGGGAAGGAAGGCAGGCGAGGAGGAGGGAGCUCCGGGGCGCGGGAGGGAGCUGCCGGGCAGCGGAAGAGCGAGCAGGAGGCCGGCCGCCGUUCCACUUUUGUUGCCGCCGCGCCGAGGCUCGCCGGGGAAUGUCUGAGCCCGCGCCUCGUGGUCCUCGAGCUCCACGGGGCGGCCGCCGUUCCGGCCUCUAAGGGCCGCCACGUACCAACGGCGCGCGCGGGCUGAGGAAGACUUGGUGCCGGCUGGGGGCGCCCGGGGAGGGGCCCGGCGGGCCGGGCGGGGCUGCCCAGGCUCCGCGCUUACCCCAUCAGCGCGGCCCGCGCCAGGCCACGAGGAUGCGCGGCGCCGGGCUCUGAAGCAUGGAGGGGGUUCUGUACAAGUGGACCAACUAUCUCACAGGUUGGCAGCCUCGAUGGUUUGUUUUAGAUAAUGGAAUCUUGUCCUACUAUGAUUCACAAGAUGACGUUUGCAAAGGGAGCAAAGGCAGUAUAAAGAUGGCAGUUUGUGAAAUUAAAGUCCAUUCAGCAGACAACACAAGAAUGGAAUUAAUCAUUCCAGGAGAACAGCAUUUCUACAUGAAGGCUGUGAAUGCAGCUGAAAGACAGAGAUGGCUGGUUGCUCUGGGGAGCUCCAAAGCCUGUUUGACUGAUACUAGGACUAAAAAAGAAAAAGAAAUAAAUGAAACCAGUGAAUCUCUAAAAACCAAAAUGUCUGAACUUCGCCUCUACUGUGACCUCCUAAUGCAGCAAGUUCAUACGAUCCAAGAAUUUGUUCACCAUGAUGAGAAUCAUUCAUCUCCCAGCAUAGAGAACAUGAAUGAAGCCUCUUCUCUACUUAGUGCCACAUGUAAUACAUUCAUCACAACGCUUGAAGAAUGUGUGAAGAUAGCGAAUGCCAAGUUUAAACCUGAGAUGUUUCAGCUGUCUCAUCCGGAUCCCUUAGUUUCUCCUGUGUCACCUUCUCCUGUUCAAAUGAUGAAGCGUUCUGUCAGCCACCCUGGUUCUUGCAGUUCAGAGAGGAGUAGCCACUCUAUGAAAGAACCAGUGUCUACACUUCACCGACUCUCCCAGCGACGCCGAAGAACCUACUCAGAUACAGACUCUUAUAAUGAUAUCCCUCUUGAAGACCCAGAUAGACCUGUUCACUGUUCAAGAAAUACACUCAAUGGAGAUUUGGCGUCAGCAACCAUUCCUGAAGAAAGUAGAUUUAUGGCCAAAAAAAAAUCUGAAUUGGAAGAUCCUCUUCCAUCCUUCUCUUCCUGAGGAAAUAGAAGUGUCCAACUUCCUCUAAGUAUUGCUAUGCAAAAGCUGCUGUAAUUAAACUAUGUUAUAGGGAGUAGUUUUUCCCUUACGAUUUCUCUGCACUUUAUAAAAUAUUGUAAAACAAACAAAAAAAACCCCCACAUACCUUUGAAGUGUAUUUUAUCUUUAUAUAGUUUAUUUGCAAGAGUAUUUUCCUAAUAACUUCACAGUAUGAAUGUGCAUCUUUUUUUCUUUUUAAACAAAUGAUGGUGUAACAUUUUGACAUCCAUAAGAACAAAUGUAGAUAUUUUUCUAAAAAACUGUGAGGGACUGAUGGCUUAUUCAGUGUAUAUUGUAGCUUAUAAACAUGAAAUCUUAUAAACAAGGUUUAUAAGAAGUGUGACAUAUGUAACUUGUGCCAUGGACCAAAUGGUCACUUUACCCCAGCUGAAAAUGAGUUACGAUAGCAGCUUGAUGGUGAUUGUACUGUAUUCCUUUAAGCAAAAAGGAAACAUUUAAUAUUCUAAAUAUUUUUAGCCCAAGUACCAUGACAUUGAGGAUUUUUUACCAACCAGACUAUGCUGUCCUUCGUAUGUGAAGUUGACACUACUGAUUUGUCAAUACCAAAUGUUGGGUUAAAGUAUUUAAUUUUUAUUUAUUUAUUUUUCUGUUGCAUCAAAAAAUGACCUACCAAAUUUAAGAUACGUAUACAUUGUUAUUUACACUGUUCUAGAAAACAGAUUAAUACUGUAGUGACUUUGCUCACUUCUACCAGAGAAAUAAACGACUUUCAAUGGAAGAGGAUUUUAGUGACUUUUUCCCCCUAAAAUAGACAUUAAGCUGCUGUUGUAAGGUAUUAUUAAUGUUUGCAGCUCUUUAGAAUAUCUAGAGACAUUUUUUAUUUAUGACUAUUUAUACAAGAAAGGAUUUCUGUUAAGGUGACUGCUUUAUAUCACUCGAGAAUGGCAUUAUUUAAUUAAAGAACAAAUAGCAUAUUUUGGUAGUGCUUGUCCAUACUUAAUGUCAGUGUUUGCCUUGUAAACUGUUUUUUUAAAUUCACUUUGGCGUGACAGUUUUGUCCAAGGUCCUGGAUGAGGAGCACUUUAAAACAAAUUGGUUUGGUGUUUUUAAGUUAAUCAUGUUUAAUAAAUAUGUGGUUUUUGCAUUCAAACUCAACAUAUAAUACAUUGUAUUUUUUACAUU